CACAAUCGUCGAAUAUUAUCCGAUUACGACUGUUCCCAACGCGUUGCAAGGAUGGGCAUUUCACUUGAUACAAUCAAACACAAAGAAAUAUUAUGAGAAUUCACGUAUAGGUUGGAAUCCUUCGAAUAAAGUGAAAGAAUUGUGUGAAUCCGGUGCACGAUAUCUUAUUGCUAGAAAAGUUCAUACGAUCAAUAAUAAUGUCAUUAUUGGGAAUCCAAUUGGAUUUGUUAUGUUUCAAUUUACCUUCGAAGAAACUAUGGCGGAUGAUAAUCGGAAAAUUGAAACAAUAUAUUGGUAUAUUAACUUUUAA